GAUUAUAUUGAGAGAGAAGCCAACGGAAGAAAACAGAGAAUAAUUCCUCUCUCAUUGGUCAUCAGACACAAAAGACUCUCAAACCCUAACUAGUCUCGCUUUUUCGCUCUCUCGAACCUUCUUCGAUCUCUGUCCUUUCUCGAUCACUUGCUAAAAUCAAAAUUUUAGGCGGGAAUUCGAUACCCAAGCCCAAGACCCAAACACUUCCCCCCUCACGUUUCGCUGCUUUCGUUAGCUAGCUUUCUCAAACGAGAUCUGGGCUUGUCGAAAGAAACGUGAUAUAUAUGCAGUGAGCCAGUGAUCAUGCAAAAGAAAUUCAGAGUGCGAUAGAGAAGAUGGAGCCUGAACGUUUAAAAUUUGGAGGUCCAAGAGAGUUGUGCGGUGCUGCGGAUCUUAUAUCUCAAUUCAAACUAGUGCAACACCAUGAAUUCUUUUGCAAGAAAUCUCUUCCUGUUUCUUUAUCAGAUUCCCAUUAUCUUCAUAAUGUGGUUGGGGACACAGAGAUCAGAAAAGGAGAAGGAAUGCAAUUAGAUCAGCUUAUUGAGAGCAUAUCACAGAGCCGGGAGACUAAUAUUCGCAUCCAGCCUUUUGAUAUAGAUGAGCUUCAGGAGUCUUUCCAACUAAAUGAUAUGACUCCUGUUGAAUUACCCCCAGCAGAGAAGGGAGCUCCUACAAUUCCGUCUAAGUCAAAAAGUGAGUCGAAAGAUAGGGACAGGAAACAUAAGAAACACAAGGACAGGGAUAAAGACAAAGAUAGAGAGCAUAAGAAGCACAAGCACAAACAUAAAGAUAGAAGCAAAGAUAAAGAUAAAGACAAGGACCGAGACAGAAAGAAGGACAAAAAUGGCCACCAUGAUUCGGGUGAUCAUUCUAAGAAACAUCAUGAUAAGAAAAGGAAACACGAUGGAGAUGAAGAUCUUAAUGACGUUCAGAGGCACAAAAAAAACAAGCAUAAAAGCUCAAAGCUUGAUGAGGUGGGUGCAAUAAGGGUUGCUGGCUAAAAAAGUUGUAGACAUUCCAAUUUUGUAUUCUGCACUCGAGUAGGUGUCAUGGAGACUUUAGAAGCACUUUUCAACUCACUGUAGACAGCUUAUUAGGUUAAAAGCCCAAACUGGUGAAUUCAUUCCUUGAAGAAGAAAGGGGAAAUUUGUGAAAUGAAGAAGAAGAAUUUAGUAUCAUAAUUGAUUUGGUGUCAGAUUUGUAACAUUUUUCUUGGGGUGUUCUAUUCCAUCUCUUUUCUGUCUAUAUACUCAAUACAACACAAAUCGUUACUAUUCAUGUAUAAUAAUUUACUUACCAAUUGAUGUUGUUGAAAAAGUAACUGUCAAAUCCAC